CCUUUCCUUCCCCUCGACGUGGCGGACGAACGCCGCGACAGAUGUCUGCAGUUGUUGAACAAGAAAAGAUGGUCCCUCCGUCCAGCUCUGGCCUCCCGUCGAGGCGCUGCGCUGCGGCGGUGCUUUCCGCGUCGCUCGGCAGCCUCGCCACUUUAGCGGCACUGAAAGAAGACGAAGAAAAACGAUUCUCUCGCCCCGCUUUCUUCUCAGUUGCAUCGUCGCUGACGUCUUCUUUCAUGGAAUACGGAACAAAUGCCUCCAUCGUAGGAGACUCUUUCUGCGCUGCCCGAGACUCACGGCGACAUAGCAACGGCAGUCUCUCCCAUGUUUCCAAUGGAGAAGGAUCCCGUCUCGAAGAGAAGAAAACAAACAGGUUUUUUCCUCUACGGGGGACGAACGAUGCUGACAACACUGCACCUGCAAGGCCUGACGGACGGGGACGGCAGGGUGGAGGAGCGACAGAUGUGAAGGGUUCUGUGGGUGAAGGACAUGCUGGAAUCACCAGUCAGAGACAGGAAAGAACAAUUUGUCUCUUGCAAGUGCCUGUCAGCUCGCUACCUUCUGAAGCCGUGAAUGAGAACAAACAGGCGGGGUGGAAGGGUCACGUGCGUGAGAAACACCUCAGAAGGGAAGUGAGAAAAGGCGCUCAAUGGGCUCAAGCGCAUGCGGAGCCUGGCACCUUGUUGUCCAGGUUCUCUCCAAGUCGCCUCCAUCGAAACGCAGUCUCUCUUUGCGCCUCGGAUUCUCCUUCUCCCGGCUCUUCCUUGUCUUCGUCUUUCUGCUCUCUGCCUUGUUCUUCCUCGGCUACAUCUGGUUCUUUGUCGAAAUUCUCGACGAAGCUCAGCAAUUCUUCUUCCUCAGGGGAUGCGUCACUCGAUAUACCCUCUCACGUCAGGCGCGCUGUCUCUCGUCUUCGUCUUUUCCAAGAGCAGCAGAGACGCGAGGAGAGAGACGGAGGCGCAGAACCAGCAGCUGCGGGAGGACCUUGUGGGCCAGGUGCGGAGACAACCCAAAUAGAUUCAGAGGCCAGGACAUCGCGAGAAGGCGAACGACGAGAACAAGGCGCCCCAGGUGUCACGCGUCGCGGCCAAAGUCUGCAACUGUCGGAAGCAGAUUUUUCGCGUCUUGAAACACAGUGGUUAGCAUUGAUGGAACGCGUGAAACACUUUGGUCGUUUGUCCAGCGGGAACAGUGUAAAGAUUUACCACGAAGGGGACAAGGCCUUCUCGUCGAUCUUGCGGACCCUCCGAAAUGCAGAGAAAACGAUUCUAAUGGAAUUUUACAUUUACGACAACUCCAGCAUCGGCCGAACUAUCAAAGAUGCUUUGUGUGCCGCGGCGCGGCGAGGCUGCUUUGUGGUGCUCGUGGUGGACUGGGUGGGGGGGUUCAACAUGCCAACGGCGUGGCAAGAGGAACUCGUUGCUGCAGGCGUGAACAUGGUGAUUUUCAAUCCACCAUUUCCUUUGAGUGGAGGGUCUGCGGACGCGUCUCCGCAGUCUUCACUCUCGUAUCUCGCUGCGACAGCGAAGCACAUCCUGGCCUAUGGGAAGGAUCUCUGUGGCACCCUUGUUUUCUCUUCGCCGCCUCGGAAGCCGCACGAUGCGCGCGGCUGUUACGCGGAGGCGUCCUCGCCGUUCUCUCUCUCUUCUGGCGAGUCACCUUCUCUCUCUGUGGGGUCGCAGAAGGACGCUGGUGCCUCGCUUGCUUCUGCGCUUCUGGAACAUCAGAAAGAGCCUCGAGACUCCCCCAACACGAAGGAGUCUUCACGGAGUGACAGCCGGGCACAGGCACCAGGCUCUCUGUGGGCGGAACGCGUGGGGCCGAUCCCUUUCCGCGACCACCGGAAGAACCUCAUUGUCGAUGGAAAGGUGGCUUUUGUGGGCUCGUUGAACGUUUCUGAGGACGCAGUCGGCGAGAAGUUCGGAGGACGAAACCACUUCUACGAUUUGCAUGUACGGCUUCGAGGCCCCGCAGUCAAGGCUCUGGAGUCUCUGUUCGUCGAGACGCUGGACACCUCAAAUGCUCGCUCUCUCAGAGAUCGGCUUGUGGCGCAUCUGGCGCGGGUCGAGAGAGAGCAAGACAUGCAGACACUGAGGUUUCACAGCGAGUUCGAGGGAUCGGAGAGACACGCUGGAGACCCAGAAGGACUCGCCAAGACGAGGGAGAACAGAGAGAGCGAGCAGCUGUCUACCCGGGUUUGGCCUGACAGAGCGGAAAGGAGCGGCGCGGUGGCGGAUCUACAGGCGGACACACGUGAGAGUCUGGCCACGGCUUCUUCUCUUCACGCGUCUUGUGUCGACGGCUCUGUUUUGCCGGACGCUUCUCCCUCUUCCGUCUCGGCGUCUUCCAUUUCUUCGUGCGUAUCCCUAGUUUCACCACUGGCUUUGAUCAAGUUCUCCUGGUCCAACCUGCAAGCGCUGCUGCGUGCGCUUCUGCCGUCGAUCGCGAGCAGAGACAGAAACGCAGAAGUGCAGGAAACAGAGGAGGGUCGACACCUCCUUCUAGGGUGGAAGGCUGUGAGGGUCUCUCGCCCAAGAGUGGAAAACGAGGGAGUCGAAGAGGAUGACGACGCCGACGACGCGACUGAUGUUCUGGUUCAGGUUCUCGAAAGCAAUGUGAUGCGGAAUCAGAGGUCGAUUCAGGCUGUCCUCAAAUCUGCGAUUUACAAUGCGACGGUCUCUUUGUAUGUGACAGCAGCCUACUUUAUUCCACCUGGAUUCCUCCGUCGCGCGCUUCAGACAGCUCUCGCCAGGGAUGGGGUCGACGUGUCUCUGCUUCUCUCCGGGGAAAGCGACGUUUGGGGCGACGUGUACGCAACAACAUACGUCGCUCGAAAAUUCCUGACGAAACAGCGACGACACGCGUUUCUGUCGGCCGACUGGGAAGUGGAUCCGUCGUUUCCCCAGAGAGUGAGGACUUUCUUCUCUUCUCUCCUGCCCGUUCGACGACAGCCGACUCUUGACGCCUACUGUUCCACGCCUGUCGACGAGAGCGGAUCUGGACAAUCCUUUGCUGAGGACUCUGCCGCUUCUUCUGGGGUCUCGUCCAUUGCCCAGAGCGGCCCAGAGAGACAACGACGAGAAGAAGGCAGUGUGGAGUCUCAGGCAGGAGGCGAGAGGGCGGAGAGGCGGAGGCCCAAGAGGUGGAGGAGUCUGAGGGAGCAUGCAGAGCCGAGGGGAGACGCGUCCGUCUACUUUCUGACGUCCCGUCAUUGCCACGCGAAAAACAUCGUCGUAGAUCACUUGUGGAGCACCACUGGAUCUUUCAACUUCGACAGGUUUUCUUCGCGGCGCAACAUGGAGGUGCUUGUGGCUUUUCUUGACCCUGGGAUUGCUCUCAAAUUCGAAAAUCUCUACUGGAGACAUGUGCAGAGCGGCGAGGCAGAGCAAAUGACUGUCGAGCAGUGGAGUAACCAGUCUCUCGUCAAAAAGGUCCUUUGCUUCUUCUGCUACUACAUCACCCGCUUUGCAGGAAAGAAUUUCUUCGAUGGACUUUCUGACCAGCGACGCCGGGCAGUCUUGAAUCGUCUCCUGAUUGCAUCGUACCUCGAAGAUAUGCCUGCGUCAGAUCUCUCGACGUCUCUGCUCUGGGGUUUCCAAUAA